AUGCACUUGUUUGACUUCGUCCUCCUUGGCCUGGCUGCCUGGUUAGUUUCGCGCAUCUUCGCGAAGCGCCCCGCAGGUCCCCUCCCCCCGGGCCCGAAGGGAUACCCCAUCAUUGGAAGCCUGCUUGAAAUGCCCCUCAAGUACUCCUGGUUGACUUUCGCGCAGUGGAGCGAGCGCUGGGGUGACCUCACCACCUUUACGCUCCUCGGCCAGCGCUUCCUGCUCGUGAACAACGCGGACGACGCGCUCGAGCUGCUCGAGAAGAAGUCCGCGAUCUACUCCUCGCGCUCGUCCAUCCCAGUUGGCGGCGACAUGAUCGGCUGGUCGCAAACGAUGAUCAUGCAAAACGAGCCCGCGCGCAUGCGCGAGUACCGCAAGCUCGUCGGGACUGUCAUGGCCAGCCACACCCGCGUCCAGCGCUUCGGUGACCUCAUCGAGGCCGACACCAAGCAGUUCCUCACCGCGCUCCCCCAGCGGACCGACACUCUCUUCCACGAGCUGCAGAAGCUCGCGGGCUCGAUCGUCGUCACGAUCACGUACGGCUACAAGGCGAAGAGCGACCACGACGAGAUCAUCACCGCGGUCGACAAGGCCAUGGCCGACUUCGCGCUCGUCACCCAGCCCGGCGCGUUCGUCGCGGACGUCUUCCCGAUCCUCACCUCCAUCCCAUCGUGGUUCCCCGGCACUGCGUGGAUGCAGAAGGCAGCGCAAUCCAAGAAGCUGCUCGAGGACAUGGUUCAACUCCCGUACGUCUGGGUUAAGAAGCAGAUGGCUGCUGGUACGCACAAGUCCAGCUUCGUGACCGCGCUCCUCGACGAGCCUCACGACGAUGCACGGGAGGAGCUGAUCAAGCUCGUCGCGGCAUCCAUGUACGCGGGCGGGGCAGACACGACCGUCUCGUCCUCCAUGACGUUCUUCCUCGCCAUGACCCUUUACCCAGAGGUUCAGAAGAAGGCACAGGCUGAGCUCGACUCUGUUAUCGGUCACGGGCAACUCCCCACUCUCGCCGACCGCGAACGCCUGCCUUAUCUCAACGCUAUCCUGCUUGAGGUUCUCCGCUGGAUCCCGGUUGCGCCGAUGGGCUUCCCCCAUCUGUCCACCGAGGACGACUUCCACAAGGACUACUUCAUCCCCAAGGGCACCAUGGUCAUGGUCAACUCCUGGAACCUCCUCCACGACCCCGUGCGCUACACGGACCCGAACACCUUCAACCCGGACCGCUUCCUGGACACGCCCUCGCACCCCGCCGAGCGCGACCCGCGCGACUUCGCGUUCGGCUACGGCCGCCGCAAGUGCCCCGGCAUCUUCUUCGCCGAGGCGUCCAUCUUCACCGCCGUCGCGCUCACGCUCGCGGUGUACGACAUCGCGAAGGCGGUCGACGCGCGCGGGAAGACGAUCGAGCCCGCCGUCGAGCCGUCGGGCACGCUGAUCAGCCACCCCGCGCCGUUCCCGCUCCGCGUGUCCGUGCGCUCGCCGAAGGCGCAGGCGCUGCUCGACUCGUGGGAGCACGCGGGCGAGGUCGCGUUUUGA